UCACGGCCUGCUUCCCAACCUCUUUGCUCCCACUCAGGAUCCAUCUCUGAGUCGCCAACUCAACCACAUCGAGUGCUCCAGCCACUGGGCCUGGCAUGACAGCGGCAGCGCCAUCACCUUCUCCCGUCACGUCGCGCUCGUCUCCUUCGGUCCUGGCACGAUGGCCUCAUGACAAUGCCGGGCCUACUUCUCCACCUUCCAUGUCGUUGACUCCAUCAAAGCGACUGCCCAGGUCAACAUCCGCAGGCCUCAGCGACCUCUCCUCUUCCUCUCCAACCAGCCCCAUCGCCAUCGCCUCGAGCCCCGUUGCCUCCAUGACCCCCAAUAGAGCAUCGUCAUACUUUCCGGAAGGAUCAGCUACAGCAGACGGCCUUCCACUCGCUGCCUCAACAGCAGACCUCGCUGAUUCCAUCCAAAAUCUGAGCCUGACCGAGGACACUAAGCCCGGGCCUUCUCGGUCACCUCGUCGCAGCCCUUCGCCUCUCGGCGGGACGCAGCAUGGCAUCGACCUUGCGCAUGAGAUUGCCACAGCAACUUCAGAGAUUACGAGCGUCCGCAGCACGCUCUUCGAGCUCGAGGAGAAGAGGCAUAGCAGCCAGCAGCCCACGAAUGAUGAAAUGCAGUUGGCAGUCAUUCGCAUCGACGACCAGCUCGAGACCAUCUCCCGUAUCGUGCAGCAGCUACAGGUAGCCGUGCGCGCCGACGAGGAGGCCACAGGUGAUACGACGGUCAUCAGCCAUCAUGACUCAGAGGGCGGCAUUGGCAGCGACAGCGAUGAUGACGAUGACUUCGCUCUGCCGGGCGUGACACUUGGUCAACGUAGCCACAAGCAGCAGUACCAAGCACUGGCCCGCAACUGGGACGCUGUACAAGACGAGGUCGAGACAUUCAAGAAGGAGCUGCGCGAUGACAAGUACAUGAGCCAUUUCAACUCGGCCAGCACUCAGGCAGAGGGCCUGAUGGACAGCCUGGAGAAGGCGGUUGCAUUGGCAGCCAAGUUCGUCGAGGACCAUCGCAGUGCAAAAGGCGGCCGUGAUGACGAGGAGUCACACGAGAUCGUGCAACGUCUAGAUGCCGUCAAGAAGACGCUCAAGACGAAGCGCAACUACUACUACCCUGCCAUCGAGCAGACAUUCGCCGCCUUCGAGCGCAGUCUCAAAGAACGCGCCACGAGCCACGGCAUGCUAUUGCGCAAGUUUGCCGAGCUCAAGACGAGAUGGUCAAUGCUGCGACAGAAGAGCUCCAGGAUGGAUCGAGAGCUCAAGAGGAUAGAGACAGCCAUGAUUGGGAGAGGCGGCGCAGAUGGAGGCUUGGUGGUCUCACAGUCGAGCCCGCAGCUGUCGUCUCCUUCUACGCCGGCCAAGUCUGGGGUCAGCUCCUCAGCGCAAAGCAGGCUCACGCCUGGGCUCCCCUCAAAGAGCAGGAUGCGUACGCCAGCUUUGGGUCCCAACGCGACUCCGCCUCUGUCCCCUCCAGCGCCACCUAAGCCGCUCAAGAGCACACGCCGACUGGUAUCGGCGGCAGCCGCAGCGGGUACGCCACCAACAACGGGAUCGCCCAUGCGCAGCGGGAUGACUUCAAGUCCCUCUGCCUCUUCUCUGCUCAAUUUAAGACCAGCUCAAACCCCGCCAAGUCGCCACAAUCGCUCAGCAUCAGCCAGCGUCUCGCCCGAGCCAAGAUUGCUGCGAUCAGCAGAGCGCAGCCCCGGCGUGCUCAGGCAGACAGCGGGCACGACAGACCCCUCUUUUCGUUCCAGUCCAUUGAGUAGGAACUCUGUUCUGCCGGACUCGCAAGCCUCGCCAGCCAAGCGGGUCUCGCACACCCUCACCUCUCGCCCUCCUUCGAGCUUCCGCUUCAGGUCGAAAGAUGAAGGGCUUACCCCGCUCAACUCGAUGGACAGCACCAUCAGUGCCGGCAGUAGCAGCAGUACCCGCAUCACACCGCAACGCGGCGUCCCUCCUCGCACGCUCAGAGCAGGCUCCGAGCCGCCUGUGGCUGCGCAAGAAGCUCGAUACACUCGGCCAGCCUCAGCGCUUGGAGCAUCGCCACUCGCAGAGAAACGGGCGUCGCGCGUCCUGGGCGGCGCUAGCGCUGGCGGCGGUAGCUACGAAAGCAACGGCAUCGGCGAUGAAUCGAUGGAGACCCUCUCCAUGGCCAGAAGCCGGCCGGGCUCAGCUUCAGGCAACUACACUCCCGCGCACUAUCGCCCGCCUUCGUCUGCUACGACGCACGUCGAUCCAGACCUCAAAGCAGCAAGGAGGCAGAGUCGUAUCCCGACUUUCUCAUUCCCUUCGUCUGCUGGGGGUAGCGAGGUGUACGACCGACCAGGAUCUUCGCUUUCGCAAGCUUCCAGCGCCGCUGGAAUGGGCACGCCGCGGAGAUUUGGUGGCGCGAGUCGAUCGACUAUGCAGACCCCUGAACCCAUAAUGGCGGCGAGGGUGCAGCGCUUGAGUGUGUACUCGAAGCCGUCGACGGGGGCUGCAUCGACUUCGGCGGCUGGCCGCAGAGUGUCCGCUAUGCCUGCUGGGGCGUCGUCCGUUGCGAGUAGACCACCAACCACGCGCUCCAAUCCUCGCUCUCCCGCGUCGAGCAUCCUCUCCUCGUCGACCAGUGGCAGCAGGUACAGCAGCACGAGCACUGGCACUGGCCGUACAACGCCAUUGAGCGCGUCUGCCCUUGCGAAGAUCCCCCAUGCUCGCCCACUCAGCGUCCUAGGUGCCAGCGGCGACUCUGGCGCCACAUCCACCCGCAGCAUCUACGCCCAAUCGGUGGGAGGCGGAGUCUCGUCCUCGGUUGCCAACUAUCGAACAGCCCGCACUGCAAGCAACCGUCUCUCAGGCGUACCGCGUAGUGCAUCAGGAAUGACGCCCGCGGGGAGCGUGAGGGACGGCGCUGCAACCCCGACCUUCUCUGAGCGCUCCGGCCAUUCAUCCUUCUCCGCCAUUGCGCCCAACGCGGCCGCGUACAGGCCAAAUCCCAAUGAUGCGCUGGACGUGGCCGUCAGUACGGUCACCAAUGCCCUGGGCGUGCCUCUCACCCGGUUGGACGAGCAUCUCCCACGGGGAGUGAAGACGGAGACUGGGCCGGGCAAGGAGGUGAGGUGUCGCUACUCGUUUGGUGGCGGGCCAGCAGCUAUGUGUAAGCUGUUGGAGCUGCAUCGCGCUUCCACUUCUUUUGGGCAGAGUGGCGGCGUACAGAGGAAGGUGCUGGUCAAGGUGCCCGGGAAAGGAUUCUUAGAUUUGGAGCUCUGGCUGUUGAGCGCAUUCGAUUGACGUGGCAUCGCCGGAUGAGGGAGGGUGGCGCGACUGCUCAAUUUUGGUACCGAUACGCCCUCUACUUGAGAGCUCUGCUCCCGGUCUAGCAUAUGUGAGCCUCUCUCCCUUUAUGUGUACUUCUACUCAUUGUCACUCC